UGCCACUCGCUUCCGUGAUGCAUCGAUUAAGGAAGCUACUUGGAACUCGUGACCUCGGUCUGUUGCUUGUUUUGCAAGCAGUCUUCGCCGAUCCCUUGUGCUCGCCGCACAACGAAGGCAGGCAGCCAUGGAGAGCAGCAUCGCCGGUCGUCGGGACCUCCACUUUGUUCUGAUCCCAUGGCUGGGCACGAGCCACACGAUUCCCAUGAUCGACAUCGGCCGCUUGCUUGCGGAGCGCGGCGGCGUCACGGUCACCAUCGUGAUGACGCCAGCCAAUGCCGCCCAGCUCAAACCGACCAUCGAUCACAUCGCCACCUCUGGCCUCCCCAUCCGCUUCGUCUUCCUCCCCUUCCCCUCCGUGGAGGUGGGCCUACCGGAGGGCUGCGAGAGCAUGGACAGCCUGCCUGCCUUCGACAUGAUGCCGAACCUCUACGACGGAUCCAAGCUUCUGCGGCAGCCAUUGGAGGAGCUGCUCCGUGAGCAGGCGCUUGCCCCGAGCUGCAUCAUCUGUGGUGCCUACUACCCGUGGACUCCGGCGGUUGCUCGUGAGCUCGGCAUUCCAUGCUUCGUCUUCCACGGCUUUGGCUCCUUCGCACUCUUUUGCAUGCACAACCUCUACCGUUACAGGCCCCAUGAGCGCGCGUCGUCGCCGACCGAGCCCUUCCUGCUCCCGGGCUUGCCAUUUCAGUUCGAGAUCGCCAGGCAACAACUACCAGUUCAUUUCCAGUUGUUGCCUCAUUUCAUGGAGAUGUGCAACGAAGUACGAGAGGGCGAACUCGCCAUGGACGGUGUCCUCGUCAACAGUUUCGACGACCUGGAGCCAGGAUAUGCCGAGCGCUUAGCGGCGGCCUCGGGGAAGAAGGUGUGCACCAUCGGACCGGUGUCGCUGUGUUAUAGAUCAGGGAGGUUGGACAUGGCUGAUAGGGGUAAGAAGCUGUCGGUGGAUGCGAGCCGGUGCUUAGAUUGGCUUGAUUCGAUGAAGCCACGGUCCGUGAUCUACGUCAGUUUCGGUAGCUUGGGCAGCCUUGCGUCUGAGCAACUGAUGGAGCUGGGAUACGGUCUGCUCGCCUCGAACAGACCCUUCAUCUGGGCCAUCAACGGCGUUGAAGCAGUGGAGGAAUGGAUGCAAGAGAAGCUUGAGAAAGGGGGAGUUGACCCAAAGUUUCUCUUGAUUCUGGGGUGGGCGCCGCAGGUGAUGAUCCUGUCGCACCCGGCGGUGGGUGGUUUCUUGACGCACUGCGGGUGGAACUCGACGCUGGAGAGCGCGAGUGCGGGCGUGCCGAUGGCGACAUGGCCGCUCUUCGCGGAGCAAUUCCUCAACCAGAAGUUGAUCGUGGAUGCGGUCGGGAUCGGAGUCGCGGUCGGCGUCAAGACAUCCAUGCGGCGGCCGGAACAAGCGGCGGAAGAGGGAUCCGCGGUCAAGAGGGAGGUGAUUGCGGAGGUUGUGGAGCGGUUAAUGGACGGAAGGGAGGAGGGAGAGGAGAGGAGGAGGAGAGCCAAAGAAUUCGCCGCGAAGGCAAGCAAAACUGUGGCGACGGGCGGUUCUUCCUAUGAUAACAUGACACGGUUGAUCCAACUCGUAGCAACACAAAGGAGUAGGAGAUGAAUCACCCAACUUGUUUCCCUUCGCUAGUAAUGUAGUCUUGUGUGGGGUAUUACACGUACUCUUUGCCUCAGUAAUCCUUGUUCUUGGCUAACAUUACAGUCUCUCUUCAAUGGAUUGAAGUAUGCAGUAUCAA